AUGACUUCCCAAGCCCAAAACUCCUACACACAACCUCCGCCACCACCGUCUGUGCCAUCGCAGCAGCUUCAGCCGCAACAGUCUCAACCUCAGGGCUCGUCGGAUCCGCUGAACGAUUCCCUAACCGAAGUUCUCCCGAACUACUUCAGCCUGAACUACGCGCAACAAGCCGCCUUGUUCCUAGCGAAUGCUGCAGCAGCUGCCGCGGCGUCCGCAUCAGCCUCGUCGCUUGGUGCCUACAAUUCCUCCGAUGCGCUUGGCACCAUGCGCGGAACGGCUUCUGCCCAGAAGACGCACUCCAAUCACAUGACGCCUGGGCCCUCGUCCACUGUACAGGAUUCCCCUUCUUAUCUGAGUAACAACCAGAGUAUCAUUAAUACUGCUGUUGGUUCCCAGUCCAAGCAUUCCUCACUACAGCCUCCUUUAACACCGAACAAACAAAAUCAGCGCGGCAAAUCAUCGGUAACAGUGAGUACAGCAACAACAUCGGCAACUGGUACUGUAGCAGAUAAGCCAAAUUUCUCCAGUGCUCAUAUGAACAGUUCGGCCACUGCAGCAAUGGCUAAUCUUUUUGGGACUUCCGAUGGUCAUGUAAAAGACGCCUCCCAAGCAUUCAAUUCCGCUCCAAACGUACGACAUGGUGUUCUGUCAUCACUGGACACGAAUGCUAGUGGAAAACAAGAUAGCACCAAGCGUACUCCUGAUCCAUCCACUUCUGUCCCAAUGGACACCAGUUCAGCUUGUUUGAACGAGGCGUUAUUAGCCAAUCAGUUGCUCCAGUCCCUGUCAGGUGCCCAAAUGUCCUAUCAGCGUCAGUUUCAACAACAACAACAGCAACAACAACAACAGCAGCAGCAGCAGCAGCAACAACAACAACAGACAGCACUAUUGCUAGCUGGAUUGGCCGGUUUCCCCACAAAUUACCUGGAUAGCUUCAUGGCGGCAUCUGGGUCAUCUAAUCGAACUGUUCAACCAGCCAGCUCUGUCAACACAUCACCGACCAACGCACGGAAUGAUCAAGCAUCAGGAAGCAAUGCGGCCACAAAUUUGGCUUAUGCUCAGGCCAUGAUGAUGGCUAUGGCUGCUGCGUGUGGUGGUUUGAAGCCUUCUCCCGGUGUUCCAGGUGCUCUCAAUUACGAUAUGCUUCCCUUCGGACCGUUUGGCUCGACCGGCACUAGUUCCCCAUUGCCGCCCAAUUUGGGCACUCCACAACCCGGCACAAGUGCAAUCAAUACACCCGGUGAACCGGCCGAAUCGUUUAACGAUGUGCUCAGUUUUCUUAGUCAAUGCUUAAACAACUCUAAGAACGUACCCGAUCGACCUGUUAACAACAAUUCAAUCACAACACGUCCGUCCUCUAUGGAACACAAAGCAUUCCCUUCAAGUCCAAGCAUGCAACGACGUCCUGGACGUGCUGGAUCGUCUUCCCGAAUGCGGACAUUAAGUAGCACACAAAAUUCAUCCUGGGAGCCUCACUCGGUCCCACCACCUACCCGUCAUCGUGGUCGUGGUCGUCCACCCAAGUCUGCUGUCGCUCACUACCAAAGUCAGAUUAAACAUCACCAGCAACAUCACAAUCAUCACCAACAGCAACAACAAAAUCAGAACCAGCAAUCACAUCUUCCAUCAGGAUCCAUGCCCAAGCUUCAAGAGGAUUCAGAAGCAUUUCCUUUGUCUGUGGAUUCCACAGUCAGCUCGAGCUAUGGUAGCCGGCGUCCAUCAAGUACGACCAGCACAAGUGAUUGUAGCAUUGAUGAUACAAUCGAAGAAGUGCUUCGACAUUUGGCCGCCUGUGAUCACGAUCCGGCUAUUGUGGCUAGUCGUUAUGCGUCCAGCUCGCUCGGGAUGGCGCUCAAUCGAAAACGACGCANUCCACCUGCCCCGUCCACGCCAGUCAGUUGUAAAUCGGAGAGUAUACCGUACCGGACGGAACCGGGAGAUCUAUACACACACUCUGAAGUUGAACGUGGAACAACUGUUCCCCAGACUAGCGAUCCACACAUCUUCUUGCAUGCCCUUCUGGUUGAAUUUCAUUCUAGUUGGCGCCGUGAGACAUUGGUCAAAGGUAUUGGACCUGGUGGAAUCCUUGGCGAGGUGAUUUACGUUAGCCCAUGUGGUCGCCGCCUCUGGAAUCUGGAUAGCGUUCGUGAGUACCUCAAAACCAAUAACGUGAGCAUGUUGUCUGUGGACGAUUUCAGUUUCAAAAGUUAUCUGCGUCUGGGCGACUAUUACGAAUGUAGCAGAACAAGUCAAGUCCCUCAGAGUUAUGUGAAAAUGUCCGAGGCAGCUUUGAACGCACUCACUUCUGCAGGUUUGUCGGAGAUCGGAAUGGAGUCCAAGGCUACCCCGAGUAGUUCACGAUGGUCUUCCUCGGCUGCUUAUUAUGACAGUCCCCGAGUCGAAAAAGAUGCUCAUCCUAUUGGUGAUCUGUCAUCAGGUCCCAUGUCUCGUGUCACCAACACAAAAACUACCCUCACACCUUUAACUGGUAUCCAACCUCCAGCUGCGCAUGUGCACAAUUCUACGACAAGCCUGAUAACACCAUCCAUCACAGCCACCCCAACAACAGCCCCCAGCGUGUUAAAUAUCCCCAAUUCCGAUCUCUCCUCGUUCCCUGUGCCCGGCAAUUUGUACACUAAUCCCGCUGACCGUUCUUAUACUGCUUACCAGCCCGGUUGCACUCUGAAUGGGGAUCAGCUUACCGUACCACCUGCAGCACACACAGGGGCGAAAGACCUAUCGAACAAAUUACCAGUUCUGCCAUCUGUUUCCGCCUCCCUCGAUCCGCACCAACCGUACUAUCCUAAUCCAGGUCUCUGUCCGUACAUCUCGACUCCGUGGCCUGCAAAUAUGAAUCCGGCUGCUGUGGGAGUGGACACUACUCCAUGGGCCGCAUUGAACAAACCAAUGGGAUUGAUGUCAUCACCCGCCUUCAUGUUAGGCACACCGGGAAUGACUUCAUUGAAUCCUGUCGUGGUAAGUGUGCAUUCUGAUUGCUACUUGAAGUUUCCGAAUCACCUGCUUACUUACUUUCCAUGA